AUGCGCAACCAGAUGGUCAACUUCCUUGAACGCAACAACAUGUUCAACCCUGAUCAGCAUGGUUUCCAAAAAGGCAAGAACUGCCUCACUCAGCUUCUCCAUCACAUCGAGGAUAUAAUCUGCGAUCUCAACCUCGACAAAAUGCUGACGUGCUCUACCUCGACUUCAGCAAAGCCUUUGAUAAGGUUGACCACAAAGAUUCUUCUCAAGAAGAUCCAGGCCUUUGCACUUUGGUAUCCGUGCAAGAUCAAAGUGUUGCAGAUGACUCGAAGCUCCACAAAGAUAUAUCUUCCCAUAUCGAUCGCAUCCUUCUCCAAGAAGAUCUUCUCUCGGUUUGUGAAUUGGGCUGAUGCUAACAACAUGGAGCUUAACGAGGAAAAGUUCCAGCUUCUACAACACGGCAAACUACCAGACUUGAAGCAGCCCUACAUCCUACCAUCUGGAGAGACUCUUAAGGGCUCUGACCACGUGAAGGACCUGGGUGUCUAUAUCGACCCAGACCUCAACUGGCGCACUCACAUAGCGAUGAAGUCUGCCAAAGCCAGAAACAUGGCUAGCUGGGUGCUACGCACCUUCAUCUCCAGGGAUGUAACGACCAUGAUGCUCCUGUACAAGUCCUACGUACGAUCUCAUCUGGAAUACUGCUGUCCUCUGUGGUCUCCUCACAUGCAGUGCGAAAUUAUCAAACUCGAAGCAGUUCAACGAUCCUUCACUGCUAAAAUCCAGGGUCUUGGAAGUCUCAACUACUGGGAACGCCUCCGUCGCCUGUCUAUGUACUCCCUUCAGAGGCGGCGUGAGAGAUACACUAUCAUCCUAGUUUGGAAGAUCUAUAACAAUCUCGCUCCAAACAGUAUGAACAUCAACUUCCGCGAGACCUCACGAUACGGAACUACGUGUAUACGACCACUAUGGUCCUCCAAGUACAAUAGUGUCAAUAACCUGAGGUUCAACUCCUUUGCCUCUAGAGCCUCUGCACUGUACAACGUGGUCCCUCCUAGCAUCAAGUCCCUCCUAACCUUGACCACUUUCAAACCUGCUCUUGAUGCUUUCCUCAAUGAAUUCCCUGACACUCCACCAACACCUGGGUACACUGGACAGAACAGGAACUCAAUGCUGGAGUGGGCCGGUGGCACAUGUCUCUGA